ACCCUCUUAACACACCUGUUUGUCAAGCGCAUAAUUACACAUUUUGGGAGCAUUUUCGUUCCACGUAAAUAUUUUUAUGGGAUUUUCCUCUCAACAUAUAAUUGUGGUAGAAGGUGUAGAAGAGUUGUAAUAACAAAAAAUAAAAAUAAUUAUUUUUAUCUUAUUGCCAUGACGCUCCCACUAACACACAUUGAAGAUUCGGGAGACAUAGAGAUAUUUGUGGCAAUGUCCAAUCUCAAUUUGGUUGACAGAAGUGUAGCAAAAUAUUUGGAAUAUUACAAUUAUGAAGUCAACCUGACCAGAGCAGCGAGAAGAAGAUGGUAUACUGCAGCGCUAGUUGCAAGGGGCGAUGUAGGUCAAGUGAUGAAGUUGUACAAAGAAUACGAGAGAGAUCCAGCGAGGGUUGCUAAUAUAAAAAAUGCAGUUGAAACAGACAGACGGAACUACCCGGUGUUUAUAUCGAAACAUAUUACUCCUGAGUUGGUGAAUGCUAUAUUGAAACGUUAUCCGAACCGAAGUGAAGACCAUUACGUAAAACGUUGGUUUUUCUAUCUACAUCCACGGUACACUCUCGUUCAAGUCAGAAGAAGGUUUUCGAUACUUAGGUUGAAGUUGGCUAAAGAGGAAUGGACGAAGUUUACUUAUCUGAUGCAGGAAUACUACAACUAUGAUUUCGAUCGUGCCGAGAUUAUAGAACAAUGUUUCAAUGAAAUGGAGCAGUCAAGCAAAGGACAAUAUUUAAAACGUAAAUACGGACCCGAUUCCAUUCCUACCAUGUAUCUUAGUAACAAUUUGGAAGAUCGCAUCAGUGCCAAAAUGUUGAAGCUGAAUAAGGAGCCUAUCAAUGACCUGGUUCUGAAGAGAAAAUUCGAAUCGAUAAUGAACGAAGACGGAGAAGUUAACGAAGAAGAAUUCUACAAAAUGGUUUUCUUUCGAUACGGACACGACUAUACGAAAAAUGCAAUUGUAGAUAUAGCGGACGGCUUCAUUCUACACUACUAUCAGCGAAUUGAGGAUGGCGACGAUUCUGAUGAUGAUGACGUCGUCUUCGUCGAGGACAACAACGAUGAGAAUGAUGACGUUUCCUUAGGCGAGGUCAACAACGAUGAGAGUGAUGAUGACGUCGUCGUCGACGACGACAAUUACAAUGAUGAUGAUACUGGCAAUGUUAUUCCCAAACCGAUGAAGAUAGUGUUCGAAGCAAAGUAUGAGCUGUGAAGAUCGUCAAGGAUAAUGAAGAUCGUCGAGAAACCGCAGCCGCAGAAGCCGCAGAGUCUUAUUCUUCAAAUAGUAAUUUCUGGAUUGUUUCUCUAAAUCAAAAUUAAACAAUUGA